AUGAAAGAGCUGGAUGGAAUUCUGAGGGAUUAUGUUGGAAGAGAAACCCCUCUUUACUUUGCAGAAAGGCUCACAGAGCACUACAAAAGACCUGAUGGUAAAGGGCCUCAUAUAUACCUGAAAAGAGAAGACUUGAAUCACACUGGGGCCCACAAAAUCAACAACGCCAUCGCCCAAGCUUUGCUUGCAAAGCGUCUUGGCAAGUUGCGUAUCAUUGCCGAAACCGGGGCUGGUCAGCAUGGUGUUGCCACAGCCACCGUUUGUGCUCGGUUCGGGCUGCAGUGUGUUAUCUACAUGGGUGCUCAAGAUAUGGAGAGACAAAAGCUCAAUGUCUUCAGGAUGCGUCUUCUUGGUGCCGAGGUUAGACCAGUUCACUCAGGGACGGCAACCCUGAAGGAUGCCACAUCCGAAGCUAUACGCGAUUGGGUCACCAAUGUGGAAUCUACUCAUUACAUACUCGGAUCAGUUGCCGGGCCCCAUCCGUACCCUAUGAUGGUCAGGGAGUUUCAUGCUGUUAUCGGCAAGGAAACCAGGAAGCAGGCCUUGCAGAAAUGGGGGGGAAAGCCCGACGUGCUCGUUGCUUGUGUUGGCGGAGGAUCAAAUGCCAUCGGGCUCUUUCAUGAGUUUGUGGAGGACAAGGACGUUAGGCUCAUUGGUGUUGAGGCUGCUGCUUUUAAGAGACUUUCGAGACUAGAGGGAAUUAUCCCUGCACUAGAGACAUCUCAUGCACUGGCUUAUCUCGAGAAGCUGUGCCCUUCUCUUUCGGAUGGGACCAAAGUCGUCCUGAACUGCAGUGGCAGAGGAGAUAAAGACGUUCAGACUGCCAUUAACCAUUUAAAACUCUGA